ACUACUGUACUACACCUUUCACUUAUCUUAUUCUUUUGGACUGUGUAAACAGACCUUGGUGGAUAUCGUAUUUUUAAGGGCAACAGGUGGUAUAUUCUCAGCAUUGUUGUCUCUUAGGUCAAGAUAAACAAUUUAUUUAGGUCCAGUAAAAAAUUUUAACAGUUUACAUACUAAACGCGCAACUUUAGUACAAUCCAGGCAAACUUCACCGGUUAACCUAUACAAAAACUUUCCAAAACGUAACGUAGGUAUACUUCACAAACGACAUUGACAUAGGCUACUAGUGUUAAUUGCUUACAAAACUGGCGUCCCCACUGCGUAACAGGCUAUUCCAACGUGCAUCGUGGAAUAGUCAUAGUGCAACUCAAACCGGGAGAGACAUACGAGCAUACAAACUUGCAAUUAAGUCUUCGGAACAGAUGAGCCUACAAACUCGCAAUCAAGUCUUUAUGACGUGAUGUUCACCUGGUCGUGAUACACACUGGCAAAGCAGGUCUUGUCUGCUUGUGCGUGGUCUCUGCGAGCGGGUUCGUAGGACGCUGACAGCAUCGGAGCUACUACCAAAGCCUCUACAACACCGUUUAAUUCAGGGCUGUUGGUAGAAAACUGCGGAAAGCUGGUUGAAAGUUUGCAGUUGAAUUUUUAUGCAGCCUGUACAUAAUAAAUGUUAAUAUAAACAGGAUGCAGGCUCUUUACACUGACGCAACCGUUGAGGAAUGGAGGACAAAAUAUGGCAUGACAUGUAGAUCAUAUCCAUACAAUCUUCUCAUUGGACUUACCAGGACUGUUUGGUCUGUUACAAUUGUUACAUGUACUAUUGGAUACCAGCGAAAGCAAACAGAAAGACCCUUAAUUUGAAUUGACUGAAACUCCUGUCCCUUGACAGCUUCUCCUAGACCACAAUUCGACCGCUCUUUGGGGCCAUUCUCCUGACCAUAAAUCAUGGCUGAGGCUGACUUCCAGAGACUUGAGCUGUACAACCAGGUCCUGAUUAGGUGUCACGCGGACCCGUCCUGCAACCGUUCCCUCCUGACCUUCCAUAACACCAGCUUGGCAUACGAUCUGAACUUCGCUGGCGAUGGCUCCCCCUUGCUCCGGACCGUGGUAUCCAUCAUGUACUGUGCCGUGGCUGCCGCCGGAGUGCUGGGCAAUCUCCUGGUGUUGCACCUGCUCUGCUCUACCCGGACCGUUGUCAAGAGUACAAUCAAUGUCUUUGUGUUCCACCUGGCUGUUGCUGACUUUCUACUAUCCUUGGCGCUGCCGUUCUGGGCAGUAGACAUUGCCCUGGACUAUGUCUGGCCUUUUGGAUUGGCCAUGUGCAAGUUUGUGACUCUCCUGACGGGGGUCAACGUCUACGCCACUAUCUUUUUCAUGACAGCGAUGAGCUUUGCCCGAUUCUGUUUGGUGGCUACGGCACUUAAGCCAGCUGCACCACUUGGCUGCAAGCUUCGCGCGUCCCAGGUGACAGCCACCCUCAUAUGGGUCGGGGCGAUGUUGUUUGCCACACCCCGGGCCGUGUUCGCCGAACUCCAAAGCGUAGGUGACAGCAAUGACACUACAUGCCUUUACCGCUUCCCUGAAGGUACUAGUUGGCUGGGUGCUAACCACAUCCUGAGGAUUCUGUUUGGCUUCUUGUUGCCUUAUUUGGUCAUCAUGCUCUCCUACCUGCUUCUGCUGCGCUUCCUCUGCCGGCAGAGGCUGAACGGGGUCAACCGUCGGCGACAGGCUAACGUCUCGAAGUCCGUGGCGGUUGUGGUCCUUUCCUUCGUCAUCUGCUGGUUUCCAUACAAUUUGCUAAGUAUCUGGCACACCCUGGUCCUACUCGACCUCACAGACAUCAGUCGCUACUACUACUUUGCCCAGACCUACCUUUUCCCCCUGGCCAACUGCUUAGCCUUCACCAACACAUGUCUCAACCCAAUUAUUUACUGCUUUAUUCGCAGAGAGUACCGCAAGGCACUUCACAAUCUAGUCUUCAAGUCCUGUCUGUCUUCUGUGUCCAAGGCUUGCCUGUCAGCAGUCAACUCCAAUGAGGGACAGAGUCACAACGGGCAGCUGGCCAUCCCACUCAACAACAUGGAGAGCCAAACGGCCCUGUCUUACACAAAAAGGUCAGCGUUGCCCUCCACCACUCUGUCGCCAGUUCCCAGUCCAAAGAGCAUCUGUCCCCUCAAUGACCUCACCUAAGCCUCUGACAUCUCAAGGAUCUCAUCUUAGAUAAAAGGAAGUGAAGUACAAUCAAUCGCAUUGGGACAUUUACUUAGUUUUCUAUUUGAAUUGGAAUUGGCAGCAUUUAACCAACAUGAACAAUUAAAAAAAAUAUUAUGAAAUACACCCUAGGAAUAUUGUGAUGCCUUUUCCUCCGUGAUCUCAAGUGAAUUUCUCAUAGAAAUGUUUUGUACUUUUCAUGGAAUGUUUGCGAAUGGUAAAGAGUAAUGCAUUUUUGAAAAUUCUAUAGCAAUUUAAAAUGGUAAGGUUGAUCCGGGUUUGGACAGUAAAUAGGCACUGGAGUGAAUACAAACUAACAAAACAUGUCAGCUUCAAGCCCUUUAUAGACCUGAACCAUUGCCAGUCAAAGCUACAGUGGACCUAUGAGGUAUACAGUAUACAAAUAUGCCACUCACACUUUGAACUGAUCUGUGUGUUUACAGGCAGUAAUGAAAGUGCACCCUUAGGAGGCAUUAAUUAAAGCCACAAAAUACCCCUGAAUGUUUUACUGCAUAUAUGUAAAUACUAUGGCAGUCCUCUUCCAUUUGAGAACAUACCAGUCCUGAUCUAAAAGGUUCGCUCUUUGUCCCUUAGCUUUGCGCCUCAAGAACACAAACUAGCCGGAUCGUGAUUAUCUAAGAUCCAAUGAGUGACUUGUAUAUAAACCCUAAAGUUUGUUUUGCCAUCAGCAUUUCAUGACAAGUGAAUGGGAACAUGCAUUGCUGCACGCCUCACUCAUUUGAUCAAUGUAUUUGAUAGAAAAUAUGAAAUUCGUGCUGCUUGAAAGUAUGUGAACCCCUUGAUCAAUAAUAGGUUUCUGUAGUGUUCUCCAUGACAUCUUCACAUAAUUGGAACCAGUAUUUUUUAAAUUAGAUAUAACAGGUUUAUAGUUACCAAUUCCAUGUAUUAAGAGGAAAUAUUGCUUGUAGUUGAUAAAAAGCGCAGGUGCAAAAAUAAGUGAAACUGAAAUUGCAUUGGUUAAAUCAUGUAGGUAAGCAGAAUCAGGUGGGUAAAUAAUUGGGUACCAAAUUAACCAAUUAAAGGAAGGAUAGUGUUUGGGUGGGACUUUGAUAAAUAGAGUCAGUUUUAGUGUUAACCAUACAGUGAGGCAAAUAAUUUACAAAUGGAGAACAUUUAACAUGACAGCAACUCCUAGAAGAGGAUGCCCUUCCAAAAUAUCCCCAAGAGAAAUAAUAGAUCAGGUAAAUACAAACCCAAACAUCUGGAGUUGUGCAGACCUCCCUCGCUGCAUCUCAGGUUACUGUGCUUUAACAAUAAGAAGAAGAACAAUCAAAAUGUCAUUAAUGGGAGGGUGGCUAGGAAGAAACCAAUAAAAAAGAAUGAAACUGCCCAUCUUAACUUUGCUAGAGACCACCUAGACAUAACUGAAGGUUUCUAGAAGUCCAUUCUCUGGACAGAUGAGAUGUCGACCAGGUCCAUAUAAGGAAAAAAAAAACAUUGCAUACGACCAGAAGAACCUUAACCCAACAGUCAAGAAUGGUGGUGGGAAUAUCAAGAUUUAGGGCGUUUUUUCCUUAUAUGGACCUGGUCGACUGCACAUCAUUAAGGGAACCAUGAAUUCUGACUUAUACAAGGAGAUUUCUGAACAGAAGUCAGUCAAGCCAUCAGCCAAGGAGCGAAAAGAUUGGCAAAACAACAACUCCAAGCAUUCAAGCAAAUUUACCUAAGAAUGGCAAGAAAGAUUUUUGUUUUGAAUUGGCCAAGUCAGUCCUGGCUUUCAUCCAGUCGAGAUGCUGUGGCAGCACCUGGAGCACAUGCCAGACACUGGUCAAACCUCACUCAGUUGGCUGAGUUCUGUAGGGAGGAGUGGGCAGACGGAGACGUUUACUCUGUUAAUUAUCACUGCUAAUGGAGGUGCCACAAGCUAUUAAUCACAUAGUUUUGCAAACAUGAAAUCUGACCUUAUGUUAAAUAAACCACUUUUGAUAAAUAAACAAUGUAAAUAUAUCAUGUGUUUUUGUUUCUGUCCUUUAUUUGGAAUGUCUUUAUUAUGAAUUGAAGUUGAUAUAAGACCAAUCCUUUAGGUUUCCUUCCAAGCGGCACUGUAUAUGCUUACUGUGGACAAUGUUAUGUUUGGUAUACAAUUGCUAACUAGUAACUGAUUUACAUUUCUUGGUAGUUAGCUAAGUUUGACACCUGCAUAUAGCCUUAAUUGUUUUUGCAAAAACUGCCAGCAUAGACAUUCAGUUAUUCAGUUAUUGCUAUCAGUUCCACUUUGAAUAUGUACAGUAAAUAUAUUUUAAUGUCUUCGCCACAAACAAUUCAUUUAUUUGAAUUGAUUGACCCAAGACAUACAGACUUGACCACUUCAUUGCUAUGUUGAUGUUGUUGUGGUACCAUAUUGUGAUAGUACAAAGCCUUUCAUAACUUGUUUUUUGCCAGCUCUAUAUGUAUUAUUGGCAUUUUCGGUCGACAGUUGACUGCUCUAAGUACUCAUGUCUUAAAGAUGUUUUUUGUGUGUGACAGGAUGUACCAUAAGGUUUCAAAUAAACUCAAAGAUUAUUGAGAUAACUUUAAAUGUGCUGAAUGAAACUUAAGUUGAGCCAAAUGAACUGCAUUGGUGUCUCAAAGUUACAGAUAUCAGAUUAUCUGUUGUGAAAGUGCCUAUGUUGUUAUUAAGUCUGCUAUUGCUCAUUGAAUGUAAAAACACAUUUUAGGUUGUGAAGGCCAUCCAUUGAGAACCAGACACUGGUUUUGCUUUAGCAUGGCUAAUGUUUAUAAUUUUAUUGCAACAUAUACUCAGUACUCACAUUUCAAACGAUAAAUCAUGCAUUAUUGUUAAAGGUUUUGUUUUACGGAGAUGUGUAAUAUUACAAAUAAAUCCUA